AUGUGCAGUCCAAAUUAUUUAAACAGUGCAGGCCAGCCAUCCUUCCGACGGACAACGAUCAAUGAAAACUUCUCUCCUCAAAUUAUCAACCCCGUUCUGCCUGACUCCGCCGAUGCUGUCUCUACGUCGCCCGUUGCUAGUGAAAGUUCGGAGCUCGAAUCGCCUCUCGAGGAGAUAAACUCUCAAUCAAACACUGCAGAAGAUUCCAUUUCCGAUCAACUCGUCAACCUAGGCUUUGGAUCGUGGCGAUGUAGCGUUUGUGACCAGGUGUUCCGCCGUAAGCAGCGAGCGCUUACUCACUUUGCUCAUAACCACGGAAGCACCAGGAUGACGUGCGGAGGGAUGUGCGGAAAACCUCAUUG